GACAGAUCGACCAGACACUGUUGUAUUUUUAUUUGGUUUCUAUAAUUUAUUUUGUCAACUGUUUCGAGAAAGCAAAUCAUCUAAAUACAGAAAUACGGAUUUUUUUAGAAUCGGGAUUUGAUCGAAGUUGUCUUUAGUUUUGUCCUCUGUCCUCCUAUGUCCCUUUUUAUCUCUCUUAUUCUCUUUCUCUCUCUAAAUCGUGUUGAGAUUUGAAUCUUUUCAAAUACUUAGAAAAUAAAUAAAUAAAAAAAGAAGAAGAAGAAGAAGAGAGAGGGGCAGGUUUUAUUUUAUUUUUAAUAAUCGUUUGGAGUGUUUGAGGAAGAGAAGUCAGCAGCUUGUCUUUGUAUUUUUGCAAAGUAUUCAAAAUUGGUUGGUUUCUGGAUCAAGUUUUGGCUGGAUGCAACAGUCAAGUCAACUACUAAAUUGAAGUGAGGAACAUAGAGAACUGGGGAGAAUUUUGGAUCUUUUUUCUUCAAGUGAAGUUAAAGGAACAAGGCGACAAGUUAUCUGGUUUCAUUAGGAUUUAUCAAACACAGAUCGAGAAGAGAGAAUGAAUGUUCAAAUAGCGUAAGAAGCUGUGAAUUUUCUUUUUUCUUUUUGUCCAAUGGGAACAAUGGCAGAAUUGGUAACCAUGGGAAAGUUUGGAGCCAUGGCAGAAGAGCAGCAAGUUAACCAGAUGAUCAUGGAUAAACAAUCAGCAGAAGAAUGGCUAUCGCGCGUCCAUUCGCUAAUACCAUCCGUCCUCAGCAAGGCAAAAACAGUUAAGAAUUUUGCAGGACGAUGGAAGACGAUAAUCUCAAAGAUCGAACAGAUACCAGCUUGUUUAUCUGACCUCUCAAGCCACCCUUGUUUCUCCAAGAACAAGCUCUGCAACGAACAGUUGCAAUCUGUGGCUAAGACUCUUAGUGAAGUUAUAGAGCUUGCAGAGUUGUGUUCAACUGAAAAGUAUGAAGGGAAGCUGCGUAUGCAGAGCAAUCUCGAUGCUUUAUCCGGAAAACUGGAUUUGAAUCUAAGAGACUGUAUGGUUUUGAUCAAGACCGGCGUUCUUGGUGAAGCUACAUUACCUCUUUACAUUUCAAGUUCAUCAGAAACACCCAAAAUUUCCAGUUUAAAAGAACUUCUAGCAAGGCUACAGAUCGGUCACUUGGAAUCAAAACACAAUGCUCUCGAAAGCCUCCUUGGUGCAAUGCAAGAGGAUGAGAAGAUGGUUAUGCCUUUGAUCGGACGAGCCAACGUUGCAGCUUUAGUUCAGCUGCUAACAGCAACUUCGACAAGAAUCAGAGAGAAAGCGGUGAAUCUGAUCAGUGUAUUAGCGGAAUCAGGACACUGCGACGAAUGGCUUAUCUCGGAAGGUGUAUUGCCUCCGCUAGUGAGGCUAAUCGAAUCAGGAAGUCUUGAAACCAAAGAAAAAGCUGCAAUUGCGAUACAGAGACUGUCCAUGACAGAGGAAAACGCACGGGAAAUCGCAGGACACGGCGGCAUCACACCUCUUAUCGAUCUCUGUAAAACAGGGGAUUCUGUGUCACAAGCUGCGUCUGCAGCUGCUCUGAAGAACAUGUCAGCAGUUUCAGAGCUCAGACAAUUGCUUGCGGAAGAAGGAAUGGUUAGAGUCUCGAUCGAUCUUCUAAACCAUGGGAUAUUGUUAGGAUCAAGAGAACACAUGGCCGAGUGUUUGCAGAAUCUCACUGCAGCGAGCGAGGGUCUACGCGAAGCCAUUGUUUCAGAAGGCGGAGUUCCGAGUCUCUUGGCUUAUCUGGACGGUCCAUUGCCGCAAGAACCGGCCGUAACGGCACUGAGAAAUCUAAUCCCGUCGGUGAAUCCAGAGAUAUGGGUGGCUCUCAAUUUGCUUCCACGACUGACACACGUGCUCAAGUCAGGAUCUUUAGGCGCGCAACAAGCAGCAGCAUCGGCGAUUUGCCGUUUCACUUGCUCGCCGGAGACAAAGAGGCUAGUGGGAGAAUCCGGGUGCAUUCCGGAGAUGGUGAAACUUCUGGAAUCGAAGUCAAACGGGUGUAGAGAAGCGGCGGCUCAGGCGAUCGCCGGAUUGGUGACGGAAGGAAGGAUUAGACGGGAACUGAAGAAAGACGGGAAGAGCGUGACGAAUCUGGUGAUGUUAUUGGAUUCGAACCCUGGAAACACGGCGAAGAAGUACGCAGUGGCGGGGCUGUUGGGGUUGUCGGGAAGCGAGAAGAGUAAGAAAAUGAUGGUGUCGUACGGAGCAAUAGGGUAUCUGAAGAAGCUGUCGGAGAUGGAAGUAAUCGGCGCCGAUAAGCUUCUCGAGAAGCUUGAAAGAGGAAAGCUGAGAAGCUUCUUUCACCGGUAAAAAAACGAUGCGACAUUGAAAAAAGAUAAAAGGUGUAAUAUUGUCUGAUGUAAGUUUAUUAACCGUUAGUUAAACUUUACUAUUAAAAAGGUCGGUCCUUUGGGCUGUUUCUCUGAAGCUGAUAAAUAUGGGCUUUAUAUUAAA